AUGGUUGAUCAAGAACGUGUACUCCAAAUAACCAAAGACAUUUUCUCCUUUGCAGACACCGACGGCUCAGGUGCUCUUGAUAGAGAUGAAUUCAAAUCUGCAAUCGCAAAAAUGAUCACUGAUCACGGCAUGAAUGCCAUCACUGAAGACCAGAUGAAUGAAGAAUUCUCAGGCCUCGACGUUGAUGGAAGUGGAACUGUGGACGAGAACGAGCUUCAGGCAUUUGUUGCAAAGCUCCUCUCAGCAACAGCUUAA